GUGCAUUUUGCCUUUUUCUUUUCCUGGUGAAACAUUCUUUGUUUGGCUGCGAUCUGAGUUUGCUUGAAUGGACUUUUUGUGCGUUAUUAAUUGUGGAGUUUUUGCUGAUCUUUGUUAAGAUUCACCAAUCAUAUGUGACAUAUACCUGUGUUUAGAUCUUCUCUACUAUGUUAAAUAUGUGCAUAGGUAGAUUAGUUUGCAGAAACAAAAACCAUGCGUUCAUUAGUUUGCAAAAACAAAAACCAAAAUGUGCAUUAGUAGAUUUUUUUUGCUUUGCAAAAAAUCAUAAUGAAGGAGAAUGUGAUGAAAAAGCAAACCAUGUUCAGAUUAUAGCAGGAUACAUUUUCAAAUUUGGUGGAGAAAAUUUUGGAGAAAUCAUUGAUCCAAGGGAGAAUAAUCCAGAAUUUGCAGUAGGAGAAAGAGCUUUUUUUAAAAAAAACAACAAGAAGAAGACUGGUCAAAAAAGAGCUUUCAUUAUUUUAGAGGAUGAUCAUUUGGUUUCAACCAUUUAUUCUCAAGGUUCUUCAAAUAGACCGGAAAGUUCAAAUGUCGGAAGCCACAAAAGGUGCAGAGAAUAUGGAAGCUCCUCUCAGGCAAAUUAUGAGGAAAAUGUUCAAGAUCAAGAGUCUCAAAUACAGCACGAAAGCAGCCACAACAUGGAAAAUUAUGAAGAUUACUAUAAUCAGAGGUAUAAUAACGAAAUUGGAGAUUGGGACAACUUUAUCAAUCAGCAGCAGGGCAACCAGGGAUGGCAGAAUGAUCAGGGGGAUUCUUGGCAGCAAUGGCAUUCUCAGCAAGAGCCAGAGAUGUAAAUCAAGCUGAAUCCUUAGUUCUGCUAAGAGAUUUGCAAUGGGUGCAUGAAAUGAAGCUCAAGAAUGUUAUCAUAGAAGGAGAUAAUAGGUCAGUCAUUGAGUGUUGUAAUAGUAGUAUAGAUGUCUUUAAAUGGGAGAAUCAAAAUGUUAUCACUGAUUGUCAAAAAAUCCUCCAAAAUUUAGAGUCUUGUCUAGUUUCUUUUCAUAAAAGGUCUGGUAACAGUGUAGUAGAUAAGUUAGCUAAGUUUGCUAGAACUAGCAUUGGAUUUCAGGUUUGGAGAGAAGAUCCUCCAAAUAUUAUAGCUAGUAUCCUAGAAAUAGAAAGCAAGAAUUAGAUGUUUGUCUGAGUCAGUUUGUACUCUGUGUGUUGUCUUUGUCGUGGUUGUUCUCUCUUGUUGUGUUUUCAAUAAAUCUCCUUCUUCUUUGCUCAAAAAAAAA